AUGGGCCUGUUCCUUUUGCCAGCUUCGAGCGACGUGGGAGCGGUCGGUCCCGUCUUUCUUCCCGACGGCCGGCAACUCCUCGCCAAUAUCAAAGGCAUUUUGCGGGAGCAGCAAAAACUCUUGCAGUUUCAAGAAGUCGCCACGCCCUCGCUGGCUCAGACAGGCCUGUGGAGGCGCAGCGGGCAUUGGACCCACUACCGCGCCAACAUGUGGACCAUCGAAGCGUCUCUCAGAGAGGACGGAAAGGAAGAACUAGGAGACGACAGCGACGUGGGCGGAGAAGCUGCCGGCGGCAGGCUGGAAAGCGAGGAAAUACACAGCCAGAAAACUGGAGAGCGAGACACCGGUGAAGAAACAGACGAAGAACGAGAUGAAGAACGAAACGAAGAGAGAGGUGAUGAAAGAGAGAGACGGCGGCGUGAGGACGAUAUCUUUCGGCUGUCUCUAAAGCCUAUGAGCUGUCCAUUUCACCUCGCCUACGUCCUUCCCUUUCUGCUGGAGACGCCGUCUCUCUUCUCCCCGGCGUUUUCGCCUUCUCUUGACGCGUCUACUCUUCCCUCGGCUGCUGUCUCUGCCUCGGAGGCGGCAGGAGCUGCGGAGAUUGAAGAAGAAAGCGCGGAGUCUGAGGUGUCUAGACAUCUGCCUCUGCGGAUUUCUGAGUUUGGAAGAGUUUUCCGUCGCGAGAGGAGAAGUGCAUUGUGCGGUCUCUUUCGCCUUCGAGAAUUCACUCAAGACGAUGGGCACAUUCUCUGCACGCGCAGUCAAGCAGUCGGAGAGAUAACGAGUCAACUUUCCUCGAUUCUUCAGCUGUACUUCCGCGUCUUCGGGAUCGCUCCGGAACUCAUCAAAGUCUCGCUCGGCACCAGACCUGCCAAGGCCUCGACUCUUCCCGCGGGCGCUGCCGACUCAGCGAACGCAGCCCUUUGGCGCGAAGCCGAGUCCUGGUUGCUGGACGCAGCCGCGCGAGUGCUGCCGGAGAACUUCAAAGUGGAACGCGAAGAAGGCGGCGGCGCCUUCUACGGACCGAAGCUCGACUUUUCACUCCCGGACGCUCGGGGCCGGAGAUGGCAAACGGGAACUAUUCAAGUGGACCUCCUCCAGCCUCCGGGGCUCGAGCGCGUCUUCAGUCGGCGGCAUUCCACUCUCUACCCGUCCCCUCCUUCUUCAUCAUCUUCUCCAUCUUCUUCCUCUCGGUCUCCAGCUUCUUUCUCUCGUUCUCCAUCUUCUCCUUCUUCUUUGCCCUCUUCGUGUCUGCCUCUCGUCCUUAUUCACCGUGCAGCCGUGGGGUCUUUAGAGCGCUUCCUCGCGCUCCUCCUUGAAUUGCGAAACGGCGAGUUGCCUCUCUGGAUUGCCCCUGUCAAGGCUGCAGUCUGUCCAGUGUCUGUACACUCCAGAGAAAGCCAACACUACGCCCAGAAAGUCGCUAGGCUUUUGCGUCGAAGUCUCGACUCCUCAGGUGCCUUUGAAAAAGAAGAAAUCGAGGAGAGAGGCGAGCAGGCCAGCACGUCAGGUGUCCUUGUGGAUCUUCGGCCUCUCCAUCUCAACACAAAACUAAAAGAUCUCCUCGGGCGCCGAAGAAUUCCGCUGCUCUUCCUUGUGGGUCCGCGAGAAGAAAAAACUGAGGGGGUCACCGUCCUGACGCAGGCAUGGCGAACGAGCUCCGAGGACGGGAAGAAGGACGGCGAGCGCGGGCAGUUUCUUUCUCUGAACGAGGCAGUUCGUUUCUUUCGCGAACUGGCACAGCCCGAGAUGCCUAUCACAACGCCUAGUUCACUGGAGACAGGUUUGCGAGAAGGAACCAGAGAACAAAGAGAGACGGAAGUUUAG